AUGGGAUAACAAAUCUAUGGUUGCAAAAUCAUUCACAAAAUUAUUUAACAAUAUUCUCAACAACAAAUCGCUAAAAUCAUUAGAUUGUCAGUCUAAAAUUACAAUAUCCUAAGUUAGACAGAGUAUGGAAACUAUGUACUAUAACAUAUUCUCUAAUACUGGAUCCCAAGUCAAGAAAAAGCCUAUCUGGUUCAAUUAGUCUUGCAAUAGUUCUUCUAACUUAGCAUCAAUAAAUAUGCAAGGUAUUCUACUUACUAUCUAAAUUGCUAGUAACACUGUUGAAAGAGCAUUGGAGGCAUUGGGCAAGCAGGAAUUAAUUUCUAUCACAAAAUGGCUACUCUGCAAAAGUCCUAAUCAAUAGUACAUCAUAUAUAUAAUAUUCCAAUAGCGCAAGUAACUUCGUUGUAUUAGCUAAUCAUCAAUAUGCCAAUUACGUAAUUAAGAAAUUUUUAGUGAUAAGCGAUCACAAUGUAUUAAAAUAUAUUUCAGAUCAUUUGUAGUAGAAUCUGUAUGAAUAAACAGCAAUCAAAUCCACUAUUCACGGUAACUUCCAUCCUUUAAAUUUAGGUCAAAGAAUAAAUAGCUUCUUAGAUAAGUAAAUUUAGCAUUGGCCUUGAUUGCCAAAUAU